AUGCCACACGCUACAAUUGCAGAACAAGCUAACCAAGUUUACGGAAACUUCGACACACACUUCUACCAUGGUCAGGAUGAAGUUGGGAAAGACGGCGUUCUCAGAAUCAACGGCAAGUUCCGCGCCGAGUCGAAAAACCCGGAUUUUUUGCCGGAAUGGGACCCAAGGCAGAGAUUCGAGCCAUUGACCUUCCACGAGUACAAGGAUCCCGCAUUCCGUGCUAACCCCGAGUUGCCUAACCUGUUCCCCAAGUCUGCCGCCAAUGAGACUGUGGUCAGGAAAAUCACGCCCAAGUUGGGCAGUGAAAUCACUGGUGUCCAGCUGAGCCAGCUUUCUGAUGCAGGAAAGGACGAGCUGGCUUUGCUCGUUGCCCAGCGCGGUGUUGUUGUGUUCCGUGAACAGGAUUUCGCUCAAUACGGCCCUAAGUUUGCUACGGAAUACGGGAGACACUUUGGUAAGCUACACGUUCACCAAACUUCCGGUGCUCCCAAGGGCCACGAUGAGCUCCAUAUCACUUUCCGCAGGCCGGAUCGCAAAGAAUUCAAUCGUGUGUUUAACGACAACACCUCGUCCGUGGGCUUCCACACAGAUGUCUCGUACGAGUUGCAGCCACCCUCUUACACCUUUUUCUCAGUGCUGGAUGGUCCCGACGGCGGUGGUGACACUCUGUUUAGCGACUCUCUCACUGCUUUCGAAAGACUGUCGCCAGCUUUUCAAGAAUUUUUGAGUACCCUUCACGUUGUGCACAGCUCCAAAGAGCAAGCCGAGAACUCCAGAGUUCAAGGUGGUAUUCAAAGGCGAGCUCCCGUCACUCACAUCCAUCCUUUGGUUAGAUACCACCCAGUGUUAAAGAAGAAGACGUUGUUCGUCAACAGUUCCUUCUCUCGUCGUAUCGUGGAGCUAAAGAAGCCAGAGUCCGACCAUUUGUUACAAUUCCUGUACAAUCUAGUUAACAACACCCACGACUUGCAAUUGAGAGCCAAAUGGGAACCUGGCACUGUGACCAUCUGGGAUAACCGUCGCGUGCACCAUUCCGCCCUGAUUGACUGGGAGCAGCCAAUUUUGAGACACGCUUUCCGCAUUACACCCCAGGGCGAAAGGCCCAUCGAGGAUCCAAAGUUCUACAACGACCCUAACUACUAUCCAUCCAGCCUGACUCUUGACCAGUAG